UUUCGAUGUUUCUCUAUCGAGAAGAGCUAUAAACAAUAUGGCACCAAAAGCAAAAAAUCGUAAUGAAGAUUUGGAAGAGGAGUUUUGUCUUCAAGCUGUUGUUAUUGCAGACAGUUUCAAUGUGAGAUUUGGACCGAUUACUUAUAAAAAGCCAAGGGCUUUGUUACCAUUGGUGAAUAUUCCUCUGUUGGAUUAUACUUUAGAAGCGCUUGCUAUAUCAGGAGUGAAGGAUGUCUUUGUCUUUUGCUGUCACUUGGGAGAUCAGAUUCGUGAACACAUCAGAAAGUCCAAAUGGCAAGAGGGAGGAUCGCCAAUGACGGUCACACCAAUGAUGUUAGACUCCUGCAGGUCUAUGGGAGACGUCCUAAGAGAAAUGGAUGCCAAAUCCUUGAUAAGGAAUGACUUCAUUCUCAUUACUGGAGACAUUGUCUCCAACAUGGACCUGAGCCAGAUAGUCAAGGAACACAGGGAAAGAACCAGGGGCAAGGACAAGUCCUCAGUGAUGACAAUGCUAUUUAAAGUUGCACUUCCGGGUCACAGGUCACGCUGUAAAGAAGACUCUGUGCACUUGAUAGAAGAAGGGGAGACAAAACGUUUGCUUCAUUUUGAGAAAUGUUUGGAUCAAAGAAAGGUCAAAGUUCCUUCGGAGAUCUUGCUAGAGCAUGAUGACAUCAUCUACCGGAAUGACCUAAUGGAUUGUCAGAUCUCCAUAUGUUCGCCCAUCGUACCAUCACUCUUCACUGAUAACUUUGACUUCCUGACGAGAGAGAACUUUGUGAAAGGAAUUCUAGAGAAUGAAGAGAUAACAGGCUACAAAAUACACAUCAGUAUCAUACAAGACAAAUAUGCUGCCCGUGUAUCCAACCUCCAAACCUAUGACGCAAUAAGCAAGGACAUUAUAGCCAGGUGGACUUAUCCCUUUGUGCCUGACAUGUGUGGUUCUAGCAAUGGGGAGAGAAUGCAGUAUGAAAGGCACAAUGUCUAUUGCAGUGCAGACGUGACCUUGGCCAGGGGGUGUGAUUUGCAGCAAGAAGUUGUAGUUGGCAGAGGGACAUCUAUUGGACAAGGAACUGUGAUAUCUGGAUGUGUUAUAGGAAAGAAUUGUCAAAUAGGUGAAAACGUGAAAUUAAAGAACAGUUUUCUGUGGGACAAUGUUGUCAUUGAGAACAAUUGUGAUAUAGACACAGCGUUGUUGUGUUCUGAUGUUAAAGUGCUCAGUAAUGUGACCAUCAAGAAAGGAGUUGUCUUGUCCUGGGAGGUCGUCAUUGGUCCAAAAGUUGUGAUUGAAAGUGGUACACAGUUAAUGUCAGAGCAUCAGAAGGACGACUGGAAUGAAGGAGAUCAUUCUUUUGGAGAAGACAGUGAACCUAAUGAAGACAGACUCAACAGUAGCAGUGAGAAAGAAAAACCAGACACAGUAAAGUUUGGCAGUAAAUGUAAAGCUUUCCCUUACCAGCAGCACGUGGACAGUGAGGAUGAAGAGGAAGAAGCAGUGGACUACUGGGGCGUGUCCACCUCAGAGUCUGAUGAGAGGCCCUCUGAGGAGGAGAGCAGCACUGAUGAAGAGGAGAGCAAUGAGAAAGAUGAAGAGGGUGACCCUAUGAACCUGGAGGAAGAUGAGCCCGAAGACGUGGUGGACAGCUCUUUGGGAUUCAAUCCUAACGCAAGCAUGAUGGAGAUAAAUAUGGCAUUUUACAAAGAACUUCUGGACACGUUCAUCAGAGCAAGUACUGAGAGAAUCAGUGACGACAAUUUGAUAUUAGAAAUCAAUUCUUUAAAGCAUGCCUACACAGUUCCUAUUGAUGAAGUGAUCUACAGUCUCCCGGCUGUGCUCUUUGACCUCGCAGCAGAGGAAAAUCAAAUGUCUGUGACGGCUAAUGCAAAGAUUUUAUCCUCAUUUAGAAAGAACACUGACAGAUAUUCUGCCUUGUUAUGUAAAUAUAUCAAGAAUGUGGAGACACAGUUGGUGGCCAUAAAUGGAGUUUGUGACUAUGUCAUACGACACAGUGACCUCAAACCAACUUUACCACAUCUUCUGAAUUCUUUGUACGAUGCUGACGUCUUGAAAGAGGUGACUAUCCUCCGGUGGUUCAAUUCAACUCCCUCCGGUUCAAAUGAAGCCGAGAAACAUAAAUUCUUGAAACGAUUGAGUCAACCUUUCAUUAACUGGCUGAAAGAAGCUGAGGAAGAGUCCACAGAUAGUGAUGACGCUGAUGGAGAUGAGUAAAGGGAGGGAAUCAAGUACCACAAUGUAUCCUUCCUAUCUAUGGAUUAACCACCCUUGUUAAUUUAAACUGUCAUUAUGUUUUAGAAUAAAUGAGUCCAACCCAA